UAGAGCAACGGAUACAUGUUUGAAAACGGAAAACGCUUUGAUAAAGCACACUUCAGUGACGUGUCAUGCUGGCAGUACUGCCAAUGAAUUUCGAAACGCAGCCAUUGCAAGCCAUUGUCGUCAUUGUCGACACUCGACCCAGCUACUGGCGCGCACGAACAUGGUGUGUCGGCGAACGUCGUGCACGUGGACGAACCCGACGAACGGCACCAAACGGCAGCAAGCCCAACCACCAAGUGUCUGACUCAGAGUCUGAGCUGCUGAGCUGAAAAGUGAAGAGUAAAGUGAACCAAGCCCAACACGAAGCACGAAGCCGAAGCCUCGUGAAAGUACGCCCGAUGGAUGCUGUCCAAUGCGUGGGUGGGUAGUGCAUUUUCAAAAAUGUAGAAAGAGUACGCGAGAAGCACUUGUGGUUUGUGGUGGCUGAUGACAAAGAAACGUGGUAUGUGAUUGCGCGGAAAAUUCAGGAGUAUUGGAGACGGAGACGAUUGGAAAAAUCGCCCCUUGAUAUUUGAUCACGACUACGAAUAAAAAUAGUAAUGAAGAUGAACGCGUUACUGUGGAUAGCUUUAGGUGCAUGCAUCACUCAUGCUUUUAAUCUGGAACCACGAAUACCUGUUAUCAAAAGGGGCCUGCAAGGUUCCUAUUUCGGGUACUCUGUGGCCGAACAUGUGGAGAUUGAGAACAAUUCGUUAUCCAAAUCGAUCAGUUGGAUGCUAAUUGGUGCACCUUUGGAUCAAAAUCGACAACCAGGUACAAAUAGGUCAGGAGCUUUAUGGCAAUGUCCGCUGAGUACAUAUACAAGGGAUUGUACUCAAGUCAUUACAGAUGGACGGAUUAUGGACGAUGGUCUAUUAAACAGACCAUACGAAUACGAAUCGUAUGAUUCAAAUUUGGAAUCGGAUGAUUUAGUACCACCGGGAAAUGACGAAUUAAAAGAUAAUCAAUGGUUAGGAGUUACGGUACGCAGUCAGGGAGUAGGGGGUAAAGUUAUGGUAUGCGCACAUCGUCAUAUUGUCAAAACAUCUGAUUCACAAUGGGGUCAAGGCCAAUGUUACAUAUUGUCGCAAGAUUUAAAAUACAACGAUUUAAAAAAGCCAUGCUCUGGAAAACCUACCAACAAGGCUCACGAACAAUUUGGUUACUGUCAGGCCGGAACUAGCGGUUUAUUAACCGCUGAAGAUCGGGUAGUGAUUGGCACCCCGGGUCCCCACACCUGGAGAGGAACCCUAUACCUAUUCACAAUUUCCGACGAAUUUUUAACAAGAGAUAAUACAGUUUACAACGCGCCAAUGCAAGAUUUUUCGCCUGUAAACAAAUAUAGUUAUCUAGGAAUGUCCGUGGCCGUUGGAAACUUUUUUGGUAAGGAUUUAGCUUAUGCGGCAGGUGCACCACGUUCUAAUGGUACGGGCCAAGUAGUUUUGUUCACUAGACGCGAUUACAAGCCCGACAUGGACAUUGCCCUUAUUCUGGACGGCGAACAAUUUGCCUCGAGCUAUGGAUACGAAAUCACAUCGGCGGAUAUAAACGGAGACAAAGUAACUGAUUUGAUCGUCGCAGCGCCUUUUUAUUUCAAUAAAGCAGAGGGUGGAGCUGUCUACAUUUAUACAACGUUAAAUGUAUGUAGGACUACCAACAACAAGUGUUCAGCUGUCAAACUCGUUGGUCAUGAGGAAUCAAGAUUUGGAUUUGCACUGACAAAUUUGGGUGAUUUGAAUAAGGAUGGAUACGAAGAUAUUGCAAUUGGUGCUCCAUAUGAGGGAAAAGGAACAAUUUAUAUUUAUUUAGGUUCCAAAAAUGGCAUAAUUAAAACACCAUCGCAGAUCAUUCACGCUGAAGAUAUGCCUACGCCAUUAAAAACAUUUGGUUACUCAUUAAGUGGUGGGACCGACAUGGACCAGAAUGGUUAUACGGAUCUCUUGAUUGGAGCAUACGAGAAUGAUGCAGUCGUACUUCUUCGUUCUAAAAAAAUUAUCGAUAUCUCUACUUAUAUACGCUAUGCGAAAAAGGAUGGGAUAUAUCAGGAUACAAUAGAACCUAUCGAUCCUAAUAAAAUUGGAUGUUUGGAUGAUCCAAAUUCAAAUCAUACAUGUUUCGCGUUUGAGGCUUGCUGUAAGACGGAAUCGCUAGCGAAAGAAGAUUCUAUGCAAAAUCUAAAACUAAACUACUACAUCGAAGCAGAAACCUAUACCGGAAUUAAGAAAUUCUCGAGAGUGUUUUUCGGCAUCAAUAGUCCAAACGCACGUCCUCAUUACAUAAAUCGAACAGUCACCUUAGAAAGUACAAAGUUGGUACACUGCCAAAAGGAGGUAGUCUAUUUGAAGGAGAACACUCGCGACAUACAAACUCCCAUCAAAUUCCGUCUGAAUUAUUCGCUGAUACAAGAAGAACCAGUCAUGCCUCUCGAAGGUGAUCCUUUACCCGAUAUAAAGAAUUAUCCAAUACUCAAUCAGCAAGAAGCCGCACGCGUAUUUGAGGCUGUCUUUCAAAAAGAUUGUGGAAAUAACGACAUUUGCGAAAGUGAUUUGCAAGUGGUAGCUAAACUGAAUUUAUCAGCUUCUUCCGUAAAACCAGAUUUCUACGAGUUGCUUUUGGGCGAAAGAGAAGAGAUAGUGGUAGAAGUGAAUGUGGCAAAUGUUGGCGAAUCUGCGUACGAGGCUCAACUGUUUAUCAUUCACUCACAGAGUUUAAACUAUAUCGCCAGUAAAAGUAACGAUUCCGUGAUUUGCAAUCUGUACAACGCCACUAUGGUAUCGUGUUCCAUCGGCAAUCCAUUCAAGAAGGAUAAAGCAGUGGACAUACAAGUGAGAUUUGACCCUAAGGGUCUCGAAGAUAAUGAAUCGCAAUUAGAUUUUACAAUUUUUGUAAAUUCCACAUCAAAGGAAAUCAAAGAGAAGCACCCCACUGUGUUGCAAGCUACAGUGUUAAAACGUGCCGAACUCUCGAUCAAAGGAAGUGCAAAAACUCAAUGGGCAUUUUACGGUGGCCCCGUAGUCGGAGAGUCCGCGAUAAAACACCUGAAUGAAAUAGGACCAAAGGUGUCGCAUAUUUACGAAGUAUUUAACGAAGGUCCGUGGAAAGUAAGCACGGUGGAAGUACGCAUUUCAUGGCCUUACGAAGUUGCGAACGACAAGGCACAUGGCAAGUGGCUGCUCUAUAUGGAAGAGAUGCCAACUAUCCAAGCUCUGGGGGAUGGUGAAUGUACAUUGCCACCAGGACAUGUAGUUAAUCCAUUAAAACUGCAGGAUAAUGUCAACUUGGACGAUAUCGAUAGUAUUAUGCAGUUUUCGACUCCCUCUUCGACAGUUUUAUACAAUCAUACUAAUCACAUAAGAACGACGCGUGAUACAGAAAAAGUUGUAAAUACGCGAACAAUUAUCGACAAGGAUGGACAUCGGCAUCGUGUCGUUGCAAUGAAUUGCAAAGCUGGCACAGCAAAGUGUUUCGACAUUAUAUGCUACAUAUACAACUUACAGAGGAAACAAGAAGCCAUCAUAACUGUUAAAGCGAGACUUUGGAAUUCUACUUUAGUUGAAGACUACCCAAAAGUGGACAUGGUUAAAAUAGGUUCCAACGCUAGGAUAGUAAUACCUUCAAACAUUGUGAUACAGCAAGAAAACUUGAAGGAUGAUUAUGCAAUUGCCGAGACAAUUGCUUAUCCAGAUCUGUUGGAUCAGCAAGAAGCCGAGCCUGUACCAGUGUGGAUAUACAUAGUGGCCGCAGUAGCUGGGAUGUUAUUAUUCAUUCUACUUACAUUAAUAUUGAGGAAACUCGGGUUCUUCAAAAGGCGACGGCCAGAUCCGACCCUAUCUGGAAAUCUCGAGAAACACAGAGACGAUAAUCCUGAAAACGAAGCAUUAUUUAAACAUUAAGCACUAAAUAAUCGAAAUAUAAAACGUAGAAAAUGUAAAAGCACAACAAAUUGUUAUAAUUACUUAAGAUUAAGUACUUAUGGUAAAGAAGAAGAAAAAGAUGAAGAAAAAAAGAAUGUCUAUUUACGCAUACCAUUUAUUUCUGAUUUUAUACUGCCUGAAUUUGAAAUGCACAAUUUUAUAUGCAUGAGCAGCUAAGUACGUAAAGAUUGAUAAAAUAGUUUGUGAUAUUGUUAUACUAAAAUACAUUUUAUGCGCAUAC